UCGAUCGGUGAGCCGCGUGCCUCGCGCGGGAUCUUAUCGCUCGCCGCCGGUCACGCUGUUUCGGCUAAUCGACUUUUCAUUGUCGCGAGAAAAGAAAGAGAACGCGUUUUUCUUUUCCGAAGGAAAAUUAAUUUUCCUCAGGGGACAAUUGCGAUGGAAAAUAUCGAUUCGUGAGAAAAAAAUCUCGAUGAAGUGUCUGGGGAAAAAAAUUGGCACCGCUGGGCAACGUUAGCUGUAUACGUGAGUGUGUUACACAUACAUAAAAGUCCGUCGCUCGUGCGCAACAUCGACAAGCGGAAUUUAUCUAUGAACUACGAAAGGUUACUUGUAUAUAAGUUCGCCCCUUCGCCUCUUAUCGGAGUUCAUCGAAGACAUCACCUUCGAAAGCCGGAGACGAAGUAAUGAGGAUAAAUUAAAACUCGAGAACCGCGCGCGCGGCACACAAUGACAACGUUACCUGUCGCGCUUUACGAUCCGCUUCGAUCCGGUGAUGAAGAUGGAAUUUUUACGGGUCAACGACCAAAAUACACGACAUCAUCUCGGGCGAUUUGAUCUAAUCGGGCGGCGAUUUUUUUUUAAGUGAUGUCUUCGCGUUGCCGAAACGAAAUGUGAUUUUUUUUUUUUUAGUAACAAAUGCGACAACGUCUUCCGCGAGAGAUGAGCGUGUUUUUUCUCCCUAAAAGAUCAAUCUCCCGUCGAAAAUCGAUCACAUCUCGCGCCGAGCGAGAGUGAACGAACUCGACCAAGUCCCUCGCGAGCGAUACUGUUUCACGUUGAAAUCCGAUCGACUUCCCUAACUAUCUGAUAACGUCUUCGUUUCUGACGCUCGUAGGUGUGUUUCGAGAGUUCCCAGGCAGGAAUUUCCGGAUGAUUAAACCGACCGCCAUCGAGCGCGUGCGUGAUUGAUGACACAGCGCGCAUUCGGCGGCGGAGAGAAAUCGUUGAAAAGUCUCGCGUCGCGCGCGAGAGCGUGUGAUAAAAAUAACGAACGACCAACGUCGGAGAAUCCGAUUGAUCACUCGUCGUUAACUUCGAUUCUGUUAAUUCACGACGAACGAGCUCUUGUAAUCCGAUCUGACUAAUUCUCACGAGCGGCCGAUCGACGAGAAGCGGAUUGGGAUUCUUUUAACGAAGAAUCAGUUAAACAAACAGCGGCCGCGCGUUACACGAAAGAGGAAGUUUAUCGGCAAGAGACACUGUGCAAGCACACACUGAGGGUGUGACGUGAUAAAAUGUCCAGGAUGCAAUUACGAUAACGAGACCGGCGGAAGACGACGAACGAAAAGUCUCGUCUGAAUGUCAUCAUCGAGCGUCACUACGCGGAUACCGAUCGUAUCCGGAAGAGCAAGAUCGGAGGAUUUGACUGUCAAGGCCAAAAGAAUCGUACGGAAUUCAGAAAGUUUGAUCGUGUUUGCGGAGCGAUCGAUACGCGGAAUUAAUUGUUAGCUCGUGACGCGACAUAAAUCAUAGUAGUGAGUUGUAGUCGAUCGGUUACGUGUUUGAUCGAGUUUAUUUACUCUUCGAUAAGACGCUCAACUAUCCACGAUGAGUUUUAUUUGCAUUCUUUUGAUGUGUCUGACGGCGCCAAUUGCGCGCGCGAGCGACGUGCCGCCCAUCGUGCGCACUGUUCAACUGCAAAACUCAACCUUUCUCGUGCCGGAGGAAUACAAACGACUGCCAGUAGUGGCGAAGUGUUGCUCCGUAAACGAGCAACUCGCGAAAGAUAGCAACGGAAAUACCGUGUGCGCUUCCUCGAACGAUUCGACGGCGUAUUUUUCGCCUUUCUUCAGCGAUUUCAAUCGCACCGGCAUAUUGUUGCCUGGUGACGAGUCGAAGGAAUUUGUCGCCGUUGUGGGAAGUCCCUGCAAUCGAAAGUACAUGUUACACCCGGAGGAAAACAGCGAGGAUGAAUAUUACUUGUUGCUGAACGGUUCGAUCUUCGCGCCGCGACUCGAUCACGUGCCGAUUAUGCUCACACCCGGUGAGGAUUACUGCAUGGAACUUGUGCCAGAACUGGGACUUCGGGUACUCGUUUGUUUUUCCGAAGACACUGCCGUUACAAUCGCGGAUGCGCGGCUCAUUAUUUACGCAUCCGGGCUCUUGAUCUCGGUCCCAUUUUUUAUUCUAACAAUUGUGGCGUACACGAUAACGCCGCGAUUGAGGGACGUUCUCGGAAGAGCCCUUUGCCAUUACUGCGGCUGCCUGGCUGUUGCCUUUACCACUUUGGCCAUUACGCAACUUGCGGGCGCGCAGUUGCCGUCUCAAGUCUGCGUUAGCAUAGCAUUCGUCAUCCAGUUCUCGUUCGUGGCCUGUUUCUUUUGGCUGAACGUGAUGUGUAUCGAAACGUGGUCGUUAGUUUGUCACCAUGUGAGCCAUCGCUCGUACAGAAGAAUCCAGUCCAAAACGUUGUUCUUCUAUUACUCGAUAUGGGCCUGGGGCUCGUCGGCGAUCCUUAUUCUUGUCUCGAUGGCGAUGGAUCUCAGUCCCACGAUACCCAUGACCUAUGUCAAGCCCACUUUUGGUACCGAGAGCUGUUGGUUCAAGUCCGACGCAGAAGCCAUGCCGUAUUUCUACGUGCCCGUCGGUCUUCUUCUGCUGAUGAACACGAUUCUCUUCAUACUAACGGCCGUCAAGAUCAGCCGUUAUCAGCAGGAACAACUCGCGCUGAGACAGAUGUCGAGGAAUCAGCACUCCGACCGGGAUCAGAGACUCUUCCGCAGGCUCACGCGAACUUUCAUCGUCUGCCUCGUGCUCUUCUUCCUGAUGGGUCUCAACUGGACGAUGGAGCUGAUCUCCUGGUUUGCCGGAGGCGAUCCUCUGGACUGGUCGGCGUUCGAUCUGAUCAAUGCCCUCCAAGGCGUCCUAAUCUUCGGCCUGUUUGUUAUCAGAAGGCCGCCCAGGGAUUUUAUCUGGCAUCGGAUACAAAAGCUACGUGGGAUUCACACCACGGAACCGGACGUUGGUAGUAUGGACUUGGCGCUAUUGCCUGUGAUAAACGCCGAUUCCUUGCCCAGACAAACAGUCGUUCAGUGAUAAUUUUACGAUGUAAUCGGAUUUUCUUUUUGGACUUUUGAUAUAAAACGCGACGCAUUGAUCGGGAAUGCUAUCGGUCGCGAACUUGAAACGAUAUACUGAUAAUGGCCCGGUGGAAGGAGAGGUACGGUCUCACGAGAUGAGGUAGAAGUUAUUUUAACUUUACUGUAUAUAGAGAUUAUAUAUACCUAUAUAUGAAUAUGCGAAGUCGAAGUAGAACGACCUUGGCGAUGAGUGACGUUCGAACUUCGAAGAGACGUGAAAUAUCACGAUGUUAUUUGCGACGUGAUUUCUCUAUCGCGAAAGCCACUCGAAACCCACCUAAACUAGUUCCGGCAUUGAUCCUGCGCGCGCAAUCUUCUUUCUCGCUUUUGAAAGAGAUUUUAUUUCAUUUCAAUCGCGCGCGUUUGCUGAUAAUAACAGCUCUAGU